AUGAUGGACAGCAGGAUACUGGAUCCACCUCACGCCCAGUUCGGGGGCUCACUCGGCGGGAUGGUGGGCUUCCCGUACCAUCUGAGCCACCAUCACGUUUACGAAUUAGCCGGGCAUCAACUUCAAUCCGCGUCCGCGGUUCCCUUCUCAAUAGACGGAUUACUUAAUGGUUCCUGCACGGCUUCGGUGGGCAGUUCCAACCCGCUCUUGUCUUCGGGCUGCGGUAUGAAUGGAGAUAAUCAGUACAAACUGACAGACUCGGGGGACCCAGACAAAGAUAGUCCUGGUUGCAAGAGACGGAGGACUCGCACAAAUUUCACUGGUUGGCAGCUGGAGGAAUUAGAAAAGGCUUUUAAUGAGAGCCACUAUCCCGACGUGUUCAUGAGGGAGGCCCUGGCUCUUCGAUUGGACUUGAUAGAAUCAAGGGUUCAGGUCUGGUUUCAGAACCGCAGAGCCAAGUGGAGGAAAAAGGAGAACACAAAGAAAGGUCCAGGUCGACCGGCUCACAACGCCCACCCCACCACCUGCAGCGGGGAGCCCAUGGACCCGGACGAGAUCGCCCGGAGAGAGCUGGACCGGAUGGAGAAGAAGAAACGCAAGCAGGAGCGACGGCUGCUCAAGUCCCAGAACAGGCUCGCUGCUGGGGAUUUAUUUCACACCCCGGGAUCGGACAGCGACAGCGGGUUGUCGCACGUGACCGACAGUGACCACACGGGCCCACCUUUUGACUCUGUCGGGGGGAACCACACGCAAUCGAGCUGCGACCAAACACCUCACCCUCUCCAGACCCAAAACCACAACCAAAGACACUUGGACCGGGACGCUGGCGGAUCCGAGCUGGACUCGCCCGACGCCAGCCACCGGUCCAGCCUGUGCUCCAACAGCAGCGCCUCCAGCGUGCAGAAGCUCAACCCUUUUAGCGUCGAGAGCCUCCUUUCGGACUCCAGACCGAGACGCAACCCCGCGGCCUUACACUCCUCCCGGCCUUUGAUAGGGAAAGGACACUUCCUGCUCUACCCCAUCACGCAGCCGCUUGGAUUCAUUGUUCCUCAGACUGCUCUGAAGACCACAGCAGCGGCAGCAGCGGCAGCGGCAGCGGCAGCGGCUCUCUCUGACAUCGACACCCCGGCGGAGAGAAACCAGUCCAGUGUCCGCUGCAGCGGCUCUGCGGGAUGUAGGAGCAGCUCGCCAGACUCCGCAGACCCCUCACGAAAGGGCCCGGUGGGAUCCGAGGGGAAGACCCGUUCACCGCACAGCAGCCCGCCCAGGGCCGCCUUUUCCACCGGCAGAAGCUCUCAGACCUCGGUCAUUUGCAGCGAACACAGUCCGACACUCAUUAAGCCCGUCGAUGCGGAGCGAAAAGAGCAUUUAGAGAUCAAGGACCACCCGGACAAGCCCGAGUGUGUCCUCAGUGACAGUCCAGCGGAAACAAAGACAGACUCUAAAGAAGAUGUCGACAUGGAAUAA